CGUUGGAAUGAUGGACAGGCGGAGGAGGCUACAGCAGUAACUGAGGGUUGAAAGAAAGUCGCGCGGCUCAGAGACAGGACCGGGGAGACUGCCUGAGAAAAACUUAAAAAGGGCCACCCUCUGCCCCACCUCCAUAACUCUCGCCCCCCCCACCACUACCACCACCACACAACUCGCCAAUCUACUCCACUAAACACAACCACACCCCUGCUUUUCUGACCUAUCGAUAAAAGCUUGUUUGGCUCCAAACAUCUUGGGUGGUGCUUUAUUCUUCGGACUCUGUCCCAUUUGUCGCCUCCACCUCCCCUCCCCACCCACCACCGUAUCCACUCCCGCUGCGUCGACUGCGGUACCUGCGCGCGCCUAAAUACUCUCAAACCCGUUCCUGCAUACCUUCUCCCCGAAAAACUCCGUCUGCCCCUACGCUCCCCUCCCCCAUACUGCCUUUCUACCGCGGCGAUGCCUUCAAGGCCCUCUUCAGUCCCGUCCAUCCCGGGCAUAAAGGCGGGACAUGACCUCGCUCAGAUGCUGCGCGCCGAGAUCGCGGAGAUGCUCGGAAGGGGGAGGAACCUAACCUUUCCCGGUAUUCCCCACAUCCGACCCGCCCCUACUACAUCGAUUGCUUCCCCCUAAGAGGGAUUAUGUUGAUUAUUAGUAGGCGCUCAACCCAUUUCCUUUGCCCGCAAGCACCUUGACGAACUCAAGUGCGAAGAGUAAGUUCUUCACCCUCUCCCGUCCCCCGACGGAUGCUGCAGGUUUAGCUAGCGCGACUUGAGCUAUAUCGUCCGGGCCUUAAAAGGGCUCGUCCGGAGCCACCUGACUGACUUAUUGUUGUUAGCUAUUACCUUUGCGAGAAAUCGGACGGUAUACGUUGUCUACUUUAUUUCACCUAUGAUGGUGACCGUGAGGCCCAUUACCUAAUUGACCGAAAAAAUGAUUACUACUUUGUCCCCUAUCUACACUUCCCCAUGCCCGAUGACCCCACCUUCCGGGGAUUCCAUCGAGAGACUUUGGUUGACGGAGAGUUGGUCUUGGACGAUGUCGGUGGACCGAGACCGUUGUUGAGAUACCUGAUCUUCGAUUGCUUAAUACUUGACAAGAAGCACGUGAUGAAUAGGACCCUGGACAAGAGACUUGCUGUGCGAGGCCCGGAUCUCUUCUAGCAAAAUCCGUACUAACCCUUGGCAGUAUUUCCGCGAAUACGUCUACAACCCUUAUGAAAACCUCAUCCAGAAAUUUCCACAGGUGCUGGAUGAUUUUCCCUUCCAGUUAGUACCAACCGCCCCCUUGUCAAGCCCAACCGCCUCCAUUAUUUAUCCGUGUAGAUCGCUGAUGGGGUUGGCCAUGGUAGGGUCGCAAUCAAGAAAAUGGAAUUCUCGUACGCCAUUCACAUGAUGUUCCAGGAUGUCUUGCCGAAUCUACCUCACGGGAAUGACGGCCUCAUUUUCACUUGCCGAACAUCGCCGUAUAGAUUUGGCACAGAUCAGAACAUGUAAGCUGUAUGUUUCCACCUGGAGGUGGUGGGGCUAAUUGAUAUCCUUCAGCUUAAAGUGGAAACCAGCAGAGGAAAAUUCAAUCGACUUCCGACUGAACCUCGAGUUCCCCCUCAUCUCUCGGGAGGACCUCGAAGGCGACGAUGAAGACGAAUCCGAUACGGACUCGAUGGCGCCUGAUUAUGAUGCGAUGCCCAAGUUCAAUCUUUCAGUCUUCAUGGGUGAGGGGAGGUACGAGAAAUGGGCGGAGAUGUACGUCACACCCCUGGAGUGGGACGAGUUUAAGAGCAUGGGAAAACCUCUCGACGAGGAAAUCGUUGAGUGCGCAAUGGACGACCAGGGCAGAUGGAGGUUCUUGAGGUUGAGGACGGAUAAAAAGGAGGGCAAUCACAUUUCGACCGUUAACAGCGUCAUCGAGAGCAUCCGUGAUGGGGUAGGUAAGGAGGAUUUGAUGGCCGCUGCCAAAGAGAUACGAGCUGCCUGGAAAGCUAGACUUCCCGGGCAGCAGCACUAGGAGUAGCUUUUCCUUCCGAGUCAUUGAUUGUUUGUCAAGGAGUGGGAUUCAGCAUUUGCUUUCGUUCGUUCCGGUGUUUAGGAUCAGGCCUUUUGUUUGCUGUUAUGGUUGGGUGUCCUGUAAGGUAUCGUACGGCAAUCGGGUAUUUUCGCUAUGGACGGUCUUAUUACGAUAAAUCAUGGGGCGGGAAUUUGCGUGCGGAUCUGUUCUGGGGCGGCGGCGAUGGCUCUUUUUCUUGUUUUUUUUUUUUUUUUUUUGACAUUUCAUUUCCAUAGACAAACUCAGCUUGGGAUGGCAUGGACGCCAAAUUGGCCUCUUCCAAGCUGGAGGGGAGAAAAAAAGUGCACGGGGGGAAAGACGGCCCCCCAUAUAACCUGGUACUGUGCAGUACGGCAAUGCUAGCCGUGAUUAUCAGCGGGGCGAGGAGCCCAGGCUCAGGUAUUCACGAGGUCUGUCCGAAAGCGGGACAUGGCGCAUUGUUAUCAUAUGUGGUGAUGCCGUGCAACUCAUCUCUCUUCUCCCCCUCUCCAGGUCUGACA